AAACAAAAUGAGAAUUCUGCGGUAAACAAAGGAAAAUACCAUGGCCUCUCCUACCAGAUGUCAAUGUGUGAGAGCGAGUAUUUUCCUGCGAGUAAGCUCCCAAAUUCCCAAAACAGAAAAAUCGCAUGAGUAACGGUCUCCUCUCCCUCCAUAUUCUCUCCUCUUCUCUUCUCCCAAAGAUCACUCGCUCUCUUUCUACAACCUCUCUCUCUCUCCCUCUCUCUUCUCUCUGCAAAAUCUGUACUGUUUUUAUACCAAAGCUAACCCUAGGAAAGAACAGCUAGAAUUAACUUGUAUUUCAUUAUGCGAAGCAUUUUUGGUCGAGAACACAGGAAUUAUGCUAAUGCCAGUAGUCUGUUUAACAAUAAAAAUGGUAAUGUAAGGGCUCCGAUUGAGAGUCCGAGCUCGGCUCCACUCAGACUGAGCGGAGACGGCGACAACUACGUUUAUGAUAAUGAUUGGCUUGUUGCACGAUCUUACUCAUAUCAUAAGCUGCCAAAGCAACUCCUCAAGCUCUAUAUACUCAAGCUCGACGGUUCUUCAUUCGAUGUUCACGUUGGGAAAAAUGCCACGGUGGCAGAACUCAAACGUGCGGUGGAGGAAGUUUUUGCUUCGUCACCGAAUGAAGGGCAGGGGGAGAUUUCCUGGUCACAUGUCUGGGGGCACUUUUGCUUGAGCUAUGGGGGUCGGAAGCUAGUUAAUGACAAGGCUUGUAUUCGGAAUUUUGGGAUCAAGGAUGAUGAUCAGCUUCAAUUUGUUAGGCAUAUGUCCAUCCACUAUUCAAGUUCAAAAAGACAUUUUAGGAAUCAAAAUGCUACUCGCAAACCAUGCUCAACGCUACAAGCCCGAGAUGUAGAGAUAGAACAGAAUACCACUGACCAGAAUGCAAACCAAGGUUACAACUCCAGGUACCACAGUGAUGAUCAUGAUGAUAAUCCUAUGCCAGAGUUCAAAUUAGCUCACUUUUUGAGAGGGUGGCUAUCAUACUCUAGAAUUCGUGGUGCAUCAAGAAAAGGAUCACAAGGCCAAAGUCGACCUUCAAGGUUUUCCCUUCAGUGCUUAGGAGGUGGACCCAGGAUGAUAGAACUUCAAGGCUAACACUUCUGCAAAAGAAACCAUUGACUGUGACUUGCCUGCGAUCAUGCCCUCAGAGUAACAUAAUAAGCUUUACUAAUAGCAUUCAGCAAUGAUUAGGCAGAAUCAGUCAGAUGAAAGUUUUGUUUGAUUGGAUUAUUUUUUAUUAGAUAUUAUCAUUGAAAUUCUUUUAGCUCCUACCCGACCAUUUUUUCUUUGC